UAAAACCCCAACUACAGCGUACAAGAUGAUAAGUACUGCUGCACGAGCAGCAGCACUUUAACAGAAAAGGAAACAGGUCGCCGGUGGGUGGGGGGGAGAGAAGAAUGGAAGCACCGAAAAGAAUGGUGCAAAUUUGGAUGCUAAUUUUAGGAGCUGUAAUAAUUUAUUCGGACGACCACAUUUUUGUUCGCAGAACAUUCUCCGAAAGUGUUACUGCUGAGGAAGCCAAGCAGCUCAGAGAUGAGGUUCGAGAAAUGUUCUAUUAUGCAUUUGAUGGAUAUAUGGAGCAUGCUUUUCCUCGUGAUGAGUUAAAGCCAUUAUCUUGUGAAGGUGAAGAUACACUCGGUGGCUAUGCCUUGACACUGAUUGAUUCCUUGGACACCUUGGCUUUACUUGGUGACCGUGAACGCUUCACUGAUUCUGUUGAAUGGAUUGGUAAAAAUCUUCGGUUUGAUAUUAACAAGACAGUAUCUGUGUUUGAAACAACAAUCCGCAUCCUUGGAGGUUUACUUUCUGCUCACCUUAUUGCAAGUGAUUAUAACACGGGCAUGAGAGUCCCUUCCUAUGAUGGUGAAUUGCUCGACCUGGCAGAAGAUUUGGCACGAAGGGUGCUACCUGCAUUUGAUACUCCUACAGGAAUUCCAUUUGGAUCUGUCAAUCUAGUUCAUGGAGUGGAUGAAAAUGAAAGCAAGAUAACAUCAACAGCUGGUGGUGGGACUUUGACACUAGAAUUUGGGGUGCUUAGUCGCUUAACAAAUGAUCCCAUAUUUGAGCAAGUUACAAAGAAUGCUGUUAUGGGCAUAUGGGCUCGCCGCUCAAAAAUUAACCUAGUUGGUGCUCAUAUAGAUGUUUUUUCUGGUGAAUGGACUCAAAAGGAUGCUGGAAUAGGAACAAGUAUAGACUCUUUCUAUGAGUAUCUCCUAAAGGCAUACUUGCUCUUUGGGGAUGAGGAGUACAUUUUCAUCUUUCAAGAAGCUUACAGGGCUGCUAUGCACUAUCUUUACAAUGACCCUUGGUAUGUGGAAGUAAAUAUGAAUUCUGCUGCACUUGUAUGGCCAUUAUUUAACAGUCUGCAGGCGUUCUGGCCAGGCCUCCAGGUUCUAGCUGGGGAUAUUGAACCAGCUAUUCGUACACAUGCUGCAUUCUUUAGUGUUUGGAAAAGAUAUGGCUUCACUCCUGAGGGUUUUAAUCUAGCCACACUUAGUGUUCAGCGAGGUCAGAAAAGCUAUCCACUGAGGCCAGAAUUGAUUGAGAGCACAUAUUGGCUGUACAAAGCUACGCGGGAUCCCAGGUAUCUCGAUGCUGGAAGGGAUAUGCUAGCUAGCCUGCAGUAUGGUGCUCGAUGCACUUGUGGAUAUUGCCAUAUUUCAGAUGUUGAGUUCCACACACAAGAAGAUCAUAUGGAAAGCUUCUUCUUGGCAGAGACGGUUAAAUAUUUGUGGCUCCUUUUUGAUUUGGCUGCUGGUCCGGAUAACCUCAUUGAGAAUGGUCCAUACAAGUACAUUUUCAGUACAGAGGGCCACUUAUUGCCCAUGACUCCACAAAUAUCUCUAGUACGGGAACAUUGCUUAUACUUUGGAGCAUACUGUAGAAGCAGCAACCUGAGACUGGAGACCAAUAUUUCAGGUAUUGCAAAAAAACCUGGGGAAACUAAUCACAGCAAGACCUACUCAUGUCCUGGUCCGACUUGUUCCUUGUCACGCUUCACACCUCAGAGCUCACCCACAAUUUCAGGAUUGGUAAAGGGAUACUGUCCGGGUCUAACACAUGGGCAAAGGUUUGGCAUAAAAUAUGCAGCUUCAGCAGAUGCAAAUCUUCAAGAUGAGUCUCCAACACAGAGACCGGCUGAUGUGGUUCAGAGCCAUUCACUUGUAUUGGUGUCUAACCACAAUGCUGACCAAGUUGAUCAUGAAAAAGAUCAGGAAUCUAGUGUUGACGGAUCUGUAGUUGCCCAAGGAGAGGAGAGACAACAGGGGAAGUUGAUCGAAUUAUUUGAAGGAAGAUGAGUAUACUGUCAGGGUCGUCCUGAUCACACAUAUUUUCCUGCCAGCUCUUUUUUACUUUAAAUCAGACAUCACAAUUGAGGGUUCAAGCUUCAUCCAGAAGGUUGGCAUGGGUCAGAGCUCCUUUGCGUGGGCCUGUUUUGAGCCUCGAACUGGAGUUCCGAGCAACACGGCAAUUUUGCUCUUCCAGCUCGAUGGAAAAACGAGCAGAAACAAUUGUACAUGAUUUCGAGGGGAGGGAUGAAUUCUAACGAUUAAAUUCUUUCAGAACACUAACUUGACAUGUUUAAGUGAAAAUGUACUUGAAGGAUUCUCAAGAAGCAUGAGGGCUUUUGAGGAAACAUAGUAGAUGGACAGACAAUAGUAGCUCAGGGUUUUACGAAGAAAGAAAAAAGAUGAUAUGAUAGCUCAGGUGACACAAUCUUGCCCUUAAUAGUUUCUGUACUGUUGUAUGACUAUUGCUCAGGGCCCAAAAACAACAGAAUGUGGCCCUUUAGAUUUAUUUUCAGAGAUUCGCAAAUGUAGAUUUGAUAGGAAAUGUGAUGUAGGAGAGGCGCAUUGCCUUGAUCAUAAUGGUGCAAUGUCUCGCGAGAUUCCUCUAA